AUGUCUGCCAAGGUUCCGCGAAACUUCCGACUCCUGGAGGAGCUGGAGAAGGGCGAAAAGGGUUUGGGCGCAGAGGCAUGCUCUUAUGGUCUUGCUGAUGGAGAGGAUAUGAUGAUGAGCAACUGGAAUGGAACUAUCUUGGGACCCCCUCACAGCGUCCACGAGAACCGGAUAUACAGUGUGAACAUUCAUUGCGGACCCGACUAUCCCGACAAUCCUCCUACCAUUCAGUUCGUCUCCCGCGUCAACAUUCCUUGCGUCGACCAGCGGACAGGAAAGGUUGACCCAACGAAGGUUCCGUGUCUGGCUCAGUGGAAGCGAGACUAUACGAUGGAGACUGUCCUGAUUGAGCUGCGGAGAUAUAUGGCUCUUCCCCAGCAUAAAAAGAUUCCUCAGCCUCCAGAGGGCUCAACUUUCUGA